CAUUUUAAGGAAGUUUGAGUAGCUUAACGGAUAAAUGUGGUUUACUUAUAGUGGUGUUUAAAAACAAAGUGGUAUUCUUAAGAUUUAUCAGUGUUGGCUAAGAAGCAAAGCUAACAGAUGGUUGUUAGGAUAAUCUGUUGAUGGAAAUAUGUCUGUUUCUCCUCAUUCUCUGAAUACCGGGUGUGUUUAAUGGAAAUCCGUCUGUCGUCAGGUGUCGCCAUGUCAAAGCAACCGCUCGGAAAGACGUUGCUGAGGAACGUCAUCCGACACACAGAUGCUCACAAUAAGAUCCAAGAGGAGACAGAGAUGUGGAAGAUGCGAGGCUGGGAGAUCCAGAUGUCAGACCACAAACAAAACACAGACACUGGGAGGGGACGUAUGCAUUGUGAUCGAGUGCCGGAUCAAUCCAGAAACAUGAGUGCUGGCAGAGAGCGAGUGUCGGAGCAUGACGACAGAGACGCUCGCUACUGGACGCGCAAACUCUAUGAAUUUGAGGCCACUGAUCCUGACAGAUGGGGACAUAGUGGCUUCAAGGAGCUUUAUCCUGAGGAGUUUGACAGUGACAGUGACAGCAGUGCUACCAUUAAGAAGACCGGGCACCGCAAAGUGAAGAAGUCCAAGUCUGACACAGAAGCGUGCCUGUCAAAACGAUCCAAAAAAUCCUCCCGAAAGAAGAAAAAGAAGAAGAAAGCCAAGGAUGGAAAGAGAAAAAAAGAUAAUUCUUCUAGCAGCGACAGUGGUACAGACGACAGAAGUGACACAAAAGACAAGCGGAGAAAAAAAAAAAGAACCAAAAGUCAACGCAAAGACAAAAGUGUGAAAACUCAAAGAGAUGAGGACAGAAACUCAGGAGACAGCCGUAGCCAUGAAAAAAAGGAGGGAAGGACUAACGGUCGCAAAAAGCGAAAACGGGAUUGCCUCAAGGAUUCAGAUUCAGGAUUGGACUCCAAGAAGAAGAGAAGGAAAAACUGGAGGGCAGCAGGCGAGGAAAGCUCAGGUGGAAGUUCUACUGACUGAGAUGUACAGCUAAUAGCCACAGAUGCCGCUGCAGAUUAUUGGUUCACCUUAGCUUCCGAGAGAGGUCUUCACUGACAGACUGGUGUUGUUGGUCCUUUCUGUGUUUGCUUUUAGAGGAAGUAAUGCUUCCCCUCAGCAGCUCACACAGCAGGCUAUGUGAAAACUAGUGGAGAGCUUUCCUACAGGAACCCUGGAAGCUGGAGCUGCAUUGAUCCAGGCUUUCCUCCUCAGACCUCAGUCCUAAAAUGACCACUUUUAAAUUUUUUUUAUAUUUAAUAGAUCCAUCAAGUGUGAUGGCUUUUGCAUGUUUUUCUACCGUUUUCUUUAGGUUUAUACAUUUAUUGUGAAAAGAUUGCCAUGCCUAGUUUUUAAAUGACCUAGUCUGAUUUUUGUAAAGAGAACUCCAGAUGUGAUGUUCCUUUUUAAUCAUACAUUUUUGAAGUAUGACAAAAAAUUUUUUAUUUACAAGUGUUUUAAAGAAACCCACGAUAAGUGUAAAGAGACAUCACUGUAAUAAAAAAGAACAAUAAUAAAGUUAAAAAAAAAACAUAGAAAUUCAGUAAAAGCACAGCCUGUAUAUGUCUAAAACAUUAAAUGGAGUUGAAGGUGGUUUGGGAAGGUUUUAUACCAAAGAUGUCCGAUUAAAGAGUAUUUAGCAGAUAAAGGGCAGAAUGGCUGAUAGCUUUACUGUAGUCUGAGUAAUUAGAGCAGCAAAGGAGGUUUUGGUCAUAAUCGCAGAUGUUGAACCAGCUCAGAUGUUUGUAGUACGAAAGACAAACUGGAAUAUUAAAUAUAAAAGGAUAAGAAGCUGACUGAAGUUUAUUUUGUACCUAUGAGAACUCUGCUUUAUUGCUGUUUAUUUUGAAGAAUGCUAAAGAAGACCCAUUGAAACAAAAUAUUUGGAGGUGGGUGGCAUCCACAUUGUUAGGGGUCGGUAAUUCAUUAAUGUAAGAGUCCCUAAAGAAAGGAGGUAAAUGAACAAAGACAACCUUAAA